CGACGAAAUUCACGACAUCGUGAAUUUCGUCGCCAAUUUCGUCGCGAAUUAUUCACGACGAAAUUCACGACGUCGUGAAUUUCGUCGCCAAUUUCGUCGUGAAUUUGUUUUGCUUGCCUGGGCGGUAUGCGGGUUGAAACCAAUUCGUCUGCUGCUAAUUCCUCCACUGCAGGGUCGAUACAUUCAUUCAGUCUAAUGCAAUUCUGUCCAUUAACUUUUCGCCUAACAACCAUAUGGUCCAAUAACCAUUUGGUCCAGUCAUCACUUCGUCUAAUCACCAGUUCGUCGAUGACCAUUUCGUCUCAUAACUAGUUGGUCUAAUUGGUCGUGAAUUUCGUCACCAAUUUCGUCGUGAAUAUUCGCGAUUUGGUCUAUUCGAUGUCCCUUCAGGGCCACCAUAUAUUUUGUGGACACUGGACAGUAUGUUAUGAUCUCAUUUUAAGGCAGGGGGAGCAAUGGAUGUCAAUGAGAUCGUCUCUAGUUUCGAAUACAAUGAUAUUUCCUUUGUAAGGUUUGAGCAAACGGACCUGUACGGCGUCGCCAGGUCCAAGACGAUUCCUGCCCAACACUUCAAGCAUAAAGCUGUGAAUGGACUCAACUUCUACCUCGGUCACCUCGGCUAUGAUCCUCAAGCUGGAUUUGUAGAGGACAGUGCCUAUACUGCAGCGGCAGGGCAAUGUGAUGCUGUAUGUUUCCCAGACCUUGAAACUUACCAAAAGCUACCAUGGAGCAAGAGGACUGCUCGGAUUCUGAUCGAGCCAACGUACAAGGGAAAGUUAGUUGAAGCCCAUCCGAGGGUGGUGGCAAGGAGACAACUGGAGAAGCUGAAGGAGAUGGGAUAUUCGCUUCUGUCAGCUCACGAGCACGAGUUCUAUCUGGUGGAGAAGGAAUCUCGGAAACCCAUUGAUGACGUUGUCAACAUCCGGUCUACGAUUCGGCUGGCUGCUUGUGAAGAUAUAGUGUACACCUUUUUGGAUGGAUUGAUAGGUGCUGGUGUUGAUAUGGAAUGCGCAGAGACCGAGUACGGCCCUGGGCAAAUUGAGAUCUCAUACAGACCAGCGUUUGGGAUUCGAGCAGCGGACAACGCUCAUACUUACAAGACAGGAAUUAAGGAGAUGGCUCUCAAGAAUGGCUACAUGGCAACCUUCAUGUCCAAACCAUUCCCCAACAGGAGCGGAUCAGCUUGUCAUUUCUGCCAUUCCUUGUGGGACAUCCCAGGUGAGACACCUCUACUCUACGAUGCCGACCGUCCUACAGGGAUUACAUCCGUUGGUGAACAUUGGAUUGCGGGUCUCCUCGAGCACACCCCUGCAAUCUCUUUGCUUAUGGCACCGACUAUCAACUGUCUAAAGCGAUAUCUCCCAAACUCCUUUGCACCAUCCAAUGCAACGUGGGGCAUAGACAAUCGCACGUGCGCUUUUCGAGUAAAACUGAAUGGUAAAGAAGGUACCUAUAUCGAGAAUCGAUUAGGGGCCAGUGGUUGCAAUCCUUACAUCGCCUUAGCUGCUACCGUGGCUGCAGGAAUGGAUGGUAUCAACAGGAAACUACCAUUGCCACCCUGUGUGAAAGAAACCGGAAAUGCCUACAACCUUGAGGACAUCCCACCUGGUACUGCGAACGUUCCAACCGAUAUGGAAGAAGCCAUGAGAACCCUCCAAGCAGACGAUAUCAUUACUUCGGCUCUUGGGAAAGAGUUCAUAGAAUGCUUCCUUGCUGCAAAGAGACAUGAAGUUCUUCUACAAGAAAAGAAUGAUGAAAAUUGGGAACAAGAUCUCUUCUUUGAAUACAUGUAGAGCUGAGAUAAGAUCAUAAAAAUGUAGGCGCAAUAUAAUAUUAAUAACUAUCAUUCCUUAAUUGGGAUCUGAUAAGUGGUGAUUAGGUCUAUGAGUGUAGACUCUGUGAGCGAUAAAUGUACAUAUUUAGAAUUUUGUUUAUCUUUCAAAAAUGUAUCGAUAUGCAUGUAAUUGACAUUUAUAAGACAGGGAUCUUUACCUUGCUAUCAGAAUUCAUCUUAUGAAAAUACUUGUUACCCACCUAUGCAUCGUAAUGUUUACCACAGGGUCUUUUUCCUGUGGAUAAUUAGCAUUAUAAUUGUUUAGAUCCUAUUUACCUCUCCCCCCCCCCUCUCUCCCCCUCUCUCUCUCUCUCUCUCUCUCCACCUCACAUCCUCUCUCUUUCUUUCUUGCCAUGUCUGCCUUUCUGACGGAUCUCUCUCUUCUCUGUCUCUUCUCCUCCAGUCACUUAGUGUUCCGAUCUUCCCCUUUCAUUUACCGUCAGAUAGGACUGGUAAGCAAUAUACAGUACAGUAUUCAGUUCUAACUCGGUUUUUAUGCCUAUAAGAAAACGGGUUCUCUUUCUCCCUUCAUCUUUCUAUGUAACUUCAGUAGAAAAAAAUGAUCUCAGCACAAAUUUUGUAUAGAUUAAAAUGAUCUUUAUUAUAAUUGAGGAAUAAAUUCCUAGUUAUGGUUGUUUAUUAAUAUUUUGAAAAUGAUAUAGGUAUACAGUAUAGUAUUCAUUUCUAACUCUGUUUUUAUACCUAUUAGAAAUCGGGUUGUCGAAAGUGUGUGCACAGUAUUAUCUUCAUGGUGAAUUAAGAAGAGGUGGUAGGUUAUAACAGCUCAUUCAAUAAAGAACACAGACAAGGUAAGAAGUUACACUUCCGGUCUUCAAAUCGAUAAAUUUCUCAGAACAGCAGUACUGUACAUCUUCUUGGACAAGAACAAAGCGGCAAAAAUAUAUUUGCAGUAUGUUUUUAGUUAAAAAAAAACAUUCAAAUAAUGUUCUACUAAUAUAAUUGAAGAAUGUAUUCCUUGUAUAAAGACAGGCUAUAGCUAUACAAGCUAUAUCUUUGAAGUAGGCCUAUAAUGUCUUAAAACCUAAGUAUAUAGGCCUAAUUAUGUUGCAUUAUGAAUUGUAGAGCGGUUUAAACUGGGUGACCCACGAAGAACACUUGCGCCUUACAGCGCUUUCUGUGCGGUAAUUCUGCUGCGGUGUUAUCAUGGUUAUAGUGGCUGAUUUUGAUAGUGACUUGUUAGGGCUGACAACACCGCCACUAACUUUUUCCCAUCAGAGUACGCAUGCGCGUGGACUAAUAAGUAAACGUAAAGUUCGGAAUUAACCAGUUCUAAGUUAACCAUAGCGUUAGUCGGCAUUAGACAGGUCCAGAUUUGAGAUAAAGUUAAUGCCCUAGCCUAGGCUAGCCCUAUCAUAUAGCCUAGCAUUUUGUCUUGUAAAUUGGAUAAGUGUUUAAGAAUUGGAUCUAGAUAUAAAUCUAAGCCUAAAGCCUAUAUAAGGGUACCGGUAAUUUGAGGGUGCUGAUUCAAUCAUGGUAACGUAUGGAAGCUUAAAAGUGCCACCCAGAUGUUCAAAUAACCAUCUCGUCAUGUCUACAUCUCUUAGGGAAAAGGAUAAGAUGACGAGAUCUCGGAUCUCGUCAUGUCUACAUCCCGUAGAAGAGAUGAUCAGAUUGCAAGAUCUUGGAUCUCGUCAUGUCUACAUCUUUUAGAAGAGAUGAUCAGAUGGCAAGAUCUUGGAUCUCGUCAUGUCUACCUCUUUUAGAAGAGAUAAUCAGAUCUCAAUAAUUAUCUUGGAUCCGAGAUCUUACCAUCUGAUCAUCUCUCCCACAACAUGUAGACAUGACGAGAUCCAAAAUCAUAUCAUCUGAUCAUCUCUCCCAUAGGAUGUAGACAGACGAGAUCCAAGAUCUUGCCAUCUGAUCAUCUCUCACACAGGAUGUAGACAUGACGAGAUCCAAGAUCUUGUCAUCUGAUCAUCUCUCACACGGGAUGUAGACAUGACGAGAUCUAAGAGCUUAUCAUAUGAUCAUUUCUUCCACGGGAUGUAGACAUGACGAGAUCCAAGAUCUUGCCAUCUGAUCAUCUCUCACACGGGAUGUAGACAUGACAAUAUCUAAGAUCUUAUCCUUUUCCCUAAGAGAUGUAAACAUGACGAGAUGAUUAUCUGAACAUCUGGGUGGCACUUGUAAGCUUCCAUAGCAACGUAAACGCUAACGACCACAAAUGUGUACUCUUAUUCCGAAGACGCAAGUCAUGAAUAUUCAUAUUGGGGUUCGGAACUGCGGUGGAAACAAUAAUUUUAAGUCAUUACGUAUUGAAGUUAAUGACGUCUUGAAUUAGUGAUGUAUCAAAUUGAACAAAUCUUAGUUAAAAUAAGUAAAACGUCUUUAGAGUAUGUGGGCCAAUCAGAAAGCAUAUUAUAUUGAAAGAAAUUGGGUAAAUUAAUGCAAACAACUUAUGGCAACCCUCUUGUAAAUGAUAAACAGUAAAAGAAAAGAAAAUAAGAUGAUAAUAUUCUCUCAUUGUCAUUUCUUGCACUAUAUAUAUAUAUAUGCUUAAUGAGUAUAUUUAAUCCAUCCAUCAAUCGCUCAAUAAAGAUAUAACAGUACAGGCUGAUCUUCGAAUGAUCUUUACAGUGCGUAAUACAAUAUUCAUACUUAUCCAAAAACAAACAUAUUUUCUAGAUUUAAAAAGAAGCUUUCAUUGUAUCAGACGACUUUUUGUUCGAAGCACUUAGCACUGAACCCGAGACCCCAAACUUAUCACUAUCUACUAUAGGCUGGUGUUUUCCGAUUAAAUGGGGGGGGGGGGCUUUACUGAGCUAGAAGAUUAUUUUCCAUCGGCGGCAGAUAGGCCUACAAUCAGAAAAGGUAUGUAACUCCGUAAAUCAGGGACAGCCUUUUUAUGUUAAAAAAUCCAAAUUUCGAGACAAUAUGCUUUCAUCUUGUGCCUCAAUUUCUUUGAUCUGAUAACCCUUUAUCAAAAUGGUAUCGUGAUCUAGUUAACUUUUUAAAAUCUGACAUUCUACGACAAUGGAUGUCCGUAAUGCGAAGGACUUGCUUGAAAGUAUUUUCGGUCUGACCAAGAGCCGCGAUGUCACGAUCUUGCCUUAAGACCUGUUUGCAAUACAGGGGCGGAUCCAGCUUUCAUCAAUCGAGGGGGGGGGGGGAGCGAAGGGCGGGAAAGUUUUUCAGCCAUAUUUUCCCCUAUCGGCCGCCGCUGAAAGCUUAUUUUUCUAGUUCAUUAUAUGGGGUAUCCUAACUAAAGUCUUAAGUUUUAAAUAUACCCAGUUGUUGUGUCUCCAGGCGGUAUGUGUCGGAGCAAUCGAUUUUAGACAGCCAUUUUGGAAAAGUUAACAUGCAAAGUUUAAUCAAUUUUUUAUAGAAAGUGUUAGGAAAAAGGCCCAUUAUAAAGAACAAAAUUGACGAAGAUUAUUUAUUGAAUUCAUUUUUUUCUUGCGUAAUCUAAAGACAAAAAGACCGGGCAAAAAGAAGACUCCAAAACUGUAGUGUCCGGACACCGUACGACACCCCCCCCCCCCCAUCCUACCACCGGCGUAAAUCCAAGCAGAGGACGGGGCGGUGAACCUAUUGUUGGGGGGAGUGGUGAUCUAUUGAAUGAUGAUCCACUCGAAUGGUAUCGCUUCACGGAUUUACGUCAGUGCAUCCUACAUCUAAAGCCCCCAUCACACUUAUUCGGAAUCAGCAGGAAUCAAGCAGAAGCUGGAAAGAAAAAAUAUUCAAAAAAUCUAGAAAUUUUUGGGAGGAACUUAUGAAUUCACCAACUGGAGUUGAAAUUCAGUAAAUUGACCAGGUGUAUCAUCAUACACUAGUCAAAAUGAACCGCAAUGGAGUCAGAUUGAUAAUUCGUGCUACGUUCUUGGACAUUCUAUGGGCAUUCUAAAUAUCCUGACUGCAUUCUGAGUGCAUUCGAAAUAUUUUUUGUCAUUUCUUUUGGCCGUCCCGAAGGUUUUGGUCAUGUUCAAAACAUUCGAGGGAUAUUUUCGAACGGUGUUCGGAGUAGAUUUAAAUGACCAACUGAUGGUCAAACAAUAGUCCUUUCAUUCAGGCCAAUUCUGCUUGAUUCGGAAUAAGUGUGAUGGGGGCUUUAGCGUUAUUCUUAUCUCAUAUUUAUAUUGCGCAUGCGAGAGAACGAACGAGGUCUGCACAACCUCGAUGCGCUCCAGUUAACUCGUAUAGUUAGACGCCUUUCGGUCUGAGGUUCGGAUCAAGCUCUGCUUUAAUGUUUUUCCGUGAACGCCAGUUUUGUACCGCGGAAUUAUAAUACGUUGAACAGGAAGGUUAUUCGCUAUCUUGUGGACAGCAUGCUAUCAAUAUCAUCUGAUUUUAAUGCUGGGUAAGUUAAUGCAUCUUCCAUUCUAGAAUCAUUGACUUUGGCCUAUUGGGCAUGAUAAUGAUGCCUGCAUACGAUUUUGUAUGACUGAUGAGUGACGUACAGGUGGUUGGUCAGACGUCCCGGAUUUUAGGGGACAGUCCUCUGCCUCACCAAUUUGUCCCGCGUUCCGAAUAUGGCUCUGUCCGCGCAUCCCGCGCCGGAAACCCAUUGAUGAUGUUUCAACAUCCGGUCUACGAUUCGGCUGGCUGCUUGUGAAGAUAUAGUGUACACCUUUUUGGAUGGAUUGAUAGGUGCUGGUGUUGAUAUGGAAUGCGCAGAGACCGAGUACGGCCCAGGGCAAAUUGCGAUGUCCUACAGACCAGCGUUUGAGAUUCGAGCAACGGACAACGCUCAUACUUACAAGACAGGAAUUAAGGAGAUGGCUAUCAAGAAUGGCUUCAUGGCAACCUUCAUGUCCAAGCCAUUCCCCAACAGGAGUGGAUCAGCUUGUCAUUUCUGUCAUUCAUUGUGGGACAUCCCAGGUGAGACACCUCUACUCUACGAUGCCGACCGUCCUAAAGGGCUAACAUCCGUUGGUGAACAUUGGGUUGCGGGUCUCCUCGAGCACACUCCUGCAAUCUCUUUGCUUAUGGCACCGACUAUCAACUGCCUAAAGCGAUAUCUCCCAAACUCCUUUGCACCAUCCAAUGCAACGUGGGGCAUAGACAAUUGCACGUGCGCUUUCCGAGUAAUACUGAAUGGUAAAGAAGGUACCUAUAUCGAGAAUCAAUUAUGGGCCAGUGGUUGCAAUCCUUACAUCUCCUUAGCUGCUACCGUUGCUGCAGGAAUGGAUGGUAUCAAAAGGAAGCUUCCAUUGCCACCCAGUGUCAAAGAAACCGGAAAUGCCUACAACCUUGAGGACAUCCCACCUGGUACUGCAAACGUUCCAACCGAUAUGGAAGAAGCCAUGAGAACCCUCCAAGCAGACGAUGUCAUUACUUCGGCUAUUGGGAAAGAGUUUAUAGAAUGCUUCCUUGCUGCAAAGAGACAUGAAAUUCUUCUACAAGAAAAGAAUGAAGAAAAUAGGGAACAAGAUCUCUUCUUUGAAUACAUGUAGAGCUGAGAUAAGAUCAUAAAUACUUUAGGCGCAGUGAUUUAUGUUAUACGUGGUACUCAGAUUGGUAUAUCAUUCCCUUAAUUUGAUCUGUGAUCAGUUCUAUGAGUGUGGACUCUCUGAGAGAUUUAUGGAUACAUAUUUAUUUUUUAUCUUUCAAUAAAUGUAUCGAUAUAAUGACAUUUAUUAAGACAGUGACAUUUACCUCGCCACAGUACUCAGGAUUUAUAUUUUAUGAAAAUACUACAUUGUGAUUUUUACCACAGGGUCAUUUUCCAAUUGAUUAGGUUAUUUCCUAUUUACCUCUUAUUCAAGGUAGUAUGCAUCUCGCCAUGUCGAAAUAUAUUUUUGUUCAAUCUAUUUUCUUUUAUUAAUUUGAUUCGGUGAGAUAAUAAAUGUGGUCCUGUCUACUAACAAUAAUUAUUUAGAUUAAGUCGCCGUAAUGACAUAAGUAUCUUUACAAGUCGAUAAAUUAAGGAUAAUAAUAUUCCGCAUUUAUAUAGCGCUUAACACGUCGGGACGACAUCUCUAAGUGCUUUACAGAUAUAUUUCAUUUCAUUUCGUUUAUUUCCAUUUUCAACAAUUACAGUUUAUUUUGUACAUUUUAACAUACAAAUAACAAAACAUAUUUCAAGUAUUCCUGUACAAAAAUUAUAUUCAAUAUUAUUACAUAUCAGGUUGGAAAUGGAGGAGGCUGCUAAAAAGCGGAGCUUGUAGAGUGCAGCCUCCUAAUAAAUAUUCUUGUAGUUGCAUAACAUAUAAAAAUUAAAAUAACAACUAGAGCAUGAACCAGUUAAAUUAAAAGGAAAUAGGGGAAAUUAAAAUAGAAAAGGAAAUAAAAAAAAGAGAGAUUAAAGGUCUCCAGAAUCCAGCCCCAGCACUCACAGACGGACCUCGUUGAUCAACAGGAAAACGAAAGAGAUGGAAAAGCGUACGUGACAUGAUAAUCAUGUUUGAUUUAAAAAAAAUACAAGAGUUUGAGUGAUGAAGAGUUAAAUUCAAUGGUUAUCUUGGAGAAAUUUUUUAAACUUAUAUUUGAAAGAAUUAAGGCUUGGUGAUUCUUUGAUGUUUUUAUUAAUAGUUCCCCAGAGUCUAGGGCCUUCAAAAGUAAAAAUAGAUUUUGCAAGGAUGGUCCGGGGUAGUGGUAAGUGGAAUUCAUCUGAUUGACGUGUGGGAUAUUUGUGAAGAGUUUUGUUUUUGUUAAAUGAAGAAUUAAAUAUGAAUGGUAACAUAUUAUUGUUUAACUGAUACAUGAAUUGACCUAAGUUAUAUUGGUACAGUGUUUUUGUAUCGCCUGCAUAGCAGAGCGAGACUAUAGGCGCCGCUUUUCCGACGGCGGCGGCGGCGGCGGCGGCGGCGUCAACAUCAAAUCUUAACCUAAGGUUAAGUUUUUGAAAUGACAUCAUAACUUAGAAAGUAUAUGGACCUAGUUCAUGAAACUUGGACAUAAGGUUAAUCAAGUAUUACUGAAUAUCCUGCCUGAGUUUCAGGUCACAUGACCAAGGUCAAAGGUCAUUUAGGGUCAAUGAACUUAGACCAUGUUGGGAAAAUUAUUUUCAAAAUCUUAACCGAAGGUUAAGUUUUGGAAAUGACAUCAUAACUUAAAAAGUAUAUGGACCUAGUUCAUGAAACUUGGGCAUAAGGUUAAUCAAGUAUUAGUGAACAUCCUGCUCGAGUUUCAGGUCACGUGACCAAGGUCAAAGGUCAUUUAGGGUCAAUGAACUUUGGUCAAGUUGGGGGUAUUUGUUGAAUUACUAUCAUAACUUUGAAAAUUUAUGGAUCUAGUCCAUGAAACUUAGACAUAAGGUUAAUCAAGUAUUAGUGAACAUCCUGCCUGAGUUUCAGGUCACAUGACCAAGGUCAAAGGUCAUUUAGGGUCAAUGAACUUUGGCCAAGUUUGGGGGUAUUUGUUGAAUUACCAUCAUAACUUUGAAAAUUUAUGGAUUUAGUUCAUGAAACCUGGACAUUAGGUUAAUCAAGUACCACUGAAUAUCCUGUGCGAGUUUCAGGUCACAUGACCAUGGUCAAUGGUCAUUUAAGGUCAAUGAACUUUGGCCGUGUUGGGGGUAUAUGUUAAAUUACCAUCCUAGCUCUGAAAGUUUAUGGAUCUAGUUCAUAAAACUUGGACAUAAGAGUAAUCAAGUAUCACUGAACAUCUUGUACGAGUUUCAGGUCACAUGACCAUGGUCAAAGGUCAUUAAAGGUCAAUGAACUUUGGCCGUGUUGGGGGUAUUUGUUGAAUUACCAUCCUAACUGUGAAAGUUUAUGGAUCUAGUUCAUAAAACUUGGGAUAUAAGAGUAAUCAAGCAUCACUGAACAUCCCCUGUGAGUUUCAGGUCACAAAACCAAGUCAAAGGUCAAUAAACUUAGGCCAUGUUGGGGUAAUUGUUGAAGUGCCAUCAUAACUUUGAAAGUUUAUGGAUAGAGUGAAUGAAAUGUGGACAUGGGUGUAGUUGACAGUCUUAAGUCUCCGUUCAAAUGUCAUUUAUGGUCAAUGAACGUGGUAUUAUGUCAUAAUAUGAAUGAUGUUUUUGUGAAUGAUUAUUUUAUAGUAGUUUUCAAAGUUAGCACUGCUGCUAUAUUAAAUUGCGUAAUGCAGGCGAGACUGCCAGAGGCGUUCCACUUGUUAUUUUUAGAAUGUUAUUGUUAAAAACAACUCAUCUGUGUGAGAUCUCCAGGACAAGUUGAAAAUAACACGCAAUGCCUUCUUUUGUAAAAGUAAUAUUCUAUCAAGGUAGGUUGAGUGUGUAUUUCCCCAAACAAUUGCUCCAUAAUUUAAAUAUGGUAAAAUUAAUGUUGAAUAAAGCAUUUUUAGGGAGGAAGUUGGAAGAAAAAACUUAACUUUGUAUAUAACACCAAUAUUGCGUGAAAUUGUAUGACAUAUAAAGUCAAUGUGUGUUUUCCAAGAUAAUUUGUUGUCUAUUAUGAGACCUAAAAAUUUUGUUGUAGUAACAACUUCAAUGUCUUUAUUGUCCAAUUUGAUAUGAAAUGGCAAUUGUUCUAAAGAAUUGCUAAAAAGCAUGCAUUUCGUUUUUUGUACAUUAAUUGACAAUUUGUUAGCCCUAAUCCAUUGUACCAAUUUAUCCAGUUCAGUGUUCAGUACAUUUAUUAAAAUAUCGGGGUUAGGAUGAGAGUAUAGUACAUUUGAAUCAUCUGCAAAAAGGACAUAAGAUAAUAUUUCAGAGGAGUUCUGGAUGUCAUUUAUAUAGAUUAUAAAUAAAAGAGGGCCCAGGAGGCUGCCUUGGGGAACACCCCAGUUAACAUUUUGUAGAGAAGAAUUUUUUUUCAUUUAUGCUUACGAAUUGUUUACGAUUUACGAGGUAGUUUCUGAACCACUCCAAGGCCUUCCCACGAACUCCGUAAUUUUCAAGUUUGUAGAGCAGUAUUUCAUGAUUUAUAGUGUCAAAGGCCUUGGAGAGGUCCAGAAAAACACCUAUUGUAUGUUCAAAGUUGUCAAUAGCUUUUGUGAUUUUGUCAAUAAAUGAGAGAGUGGCAUGAGAUGUUUUUGGCGAAAUCCAAAUUGAAAAUCAGAGAUUAUAUUAUAUUUAUUCAAAAAAUUUAAUAAUCUUGUGUAGAUCACCCUUUCCAUAACUUUAGACAAAGUAGGUAAUAAAGCUAUCGGUCUAUAGUUACAUACAUUAAUCUUUUCUCCUUUUUUGUGCACUGGUAUUAUCUUUGAUAUUUUCAUAUUGUCAGGCGCGACGCCAUUACUUAAAGAAAGGUUGAAUAUGUAUACUAAUGGAUCAACAAUAUAUUCUAUAACAUUCUUUAAUAAAAUAUUGUCAAUACCAUCGUGACCACAGCUUUUUUUGUUUUUUAAGUUGUUCACUAUAUCUAUUAUUUCAUUUCUAUGUACUGGUACUAAAAAUAAAGAAUUAGGGUUUGGUUGGUGAAUGAAAUCCGUAAUUUUUUUUUGUGUUAAUGGUAUAUUGUCUGCAAGACUUUUUCCAAUUUGUGUAAAGUAUUGAUUAAAUAUAUCAGCUAUACGAAAAGAA